AUGACGUGGAAGGAGCACAUCUACGCGGCGAGUGGCUCUCUCUUGUGUCCCGACCAGCGAAGCUUGUACCUCACAAAGGUUACUUCCAUCCUCGUUGUUGACGCCUAUCAAAGAGCCUGCGCUUCGUCGUAUUCAGUCUUAAGCUUUGUACCGUCGCGCAACCACAUUCUCUUUGCCGUGCUACUUGCCGAUAUCGAUACGACGACCAACAUCACGUCGAUUUGUCUUUGCGAAAGCCGCGGCAGGCAUCACAUAUGUGAUGCCCAAAUCCGCGCAGCGCUGGCCUUUCGUCCAUACCUUCCGACACUGCCCCACUGGCGUCCAUCCCUCUACGCAUCGAUUGACAACCUGCAGAUUGAAUGGCUUCAGUUUGGCAUGACCAAUGAGACGGCACCGAUUGACCUCUUCCAUCUCCCAGUGCUCGACCCAUCGGACCCGAGUUUUGACUACUUUGCGUGGCUCUUCCUCUACGACUGGGCACUCGCCUUUAUGGGCGACACCUUGCCUCAGCUGUCACAACCCGUCGACAAUGCGCAGCUGCCAACUGUCUUUGCUCUCUACGCACUCCAAGCCAUCCGAUACGUCACCUACGUCAUGAUCAUGCUCGCAGCCGUGACGUUUGUGUACAUUUUACUAUCGCGAGGCCACGUCGAGGGUCUCAACAUGUUUGAAAUGAGUCGCGUCGGCGGCAUCGUCUGGGUCGGUCGACCAUUGGUCGCGCUCCGGAGUAUCACGGCUCUCUGUCUUCUCUCGACAGCCUCCAUUGAGCUCCAAACUGACGGCGUCGUCAGCUACUUUGUCACGACACCCGUCCCGCUCUGA